UGUCUGCCUCAAAACCAUGGGACGCUAGGUAUCUCGGGCCUGUGCCCCACGAUCUCAGCUACUACUCCAAGUGCAUGCUUGGUGGUGUCCUUGCUUGUGGUAUCACCCAUGCUGGCAUUACUCCCCUCGAUGUUGCCAAAUGCAAUAUGCAGGUGAACCCCGCAAAAUACACGGGCCUCGUCGGCGGCCUCAAGACUCUGGUAGCUGAGGAGGGCUCCAGGGGUAUCUGGAAGGGUUUCGGCCCCACUUUCGUCGGUUACUCGCUCCAGGGAAUGUUCAAGUACGGUCUCUACGAAGUCUUCAAGGAUGCGUACAUGAACCUUGCUGGCGAAGAACUCGCCGAGAAGUACAAGCCCGCCAUUUGGCUUGCCGGGUCCGCAUCUGCUGAAGUCUUUGCCGACAUCGCCCUCUGCCCCCUCGAGAUGGUCAAGGUCAAGAUCCAAACCAGCCCUACUGGUACUUUCCCCACUGCCUUCGGUCCUGCGCUCAAGCAGAUGCAACUCGCCCGCGCUGAGACCCGCUUCCCCUUCGGCUCCCUCGUUCCUCUAUGGUCGCGUCAGGUCCCCUACACCAUGGCCAAGUUCUUCUUCUUCGAGAAGAUUGUCCAGCUCUUCUACACCCACGUCUUCACCGAACCCAAGGAGACCUAUAACAAGACCACCCAGCUCGGCGUCACCUUCUCGUCUGGUUACCUCGCUGGUGUUGUCUGCGCCGUAGUCUCCCACCCCGCUGACUCGCUCGUCUCGCAACUCGGCAAGGCUGCUAACAAGGGCAAGUCCAUCGGCCAGAUCGCCUCGGAAGUCGGUGCCUUCAACCUUGCCACCAAGGGUCUCGGUACUCGUGUCCUCAUGAUCGGUACCCUGACUGGCUUCCAAUGGUGGAUCUACGACUCGUUCAAGGCUGCCAUGGGUAUGGGCACUACUGGUGGAAAGUAAA